AUGAAUCGCACGCUGGUCGAGUGUGCGCGUUGCAUGAUGGAACACGCUGGACUGGGAAAGAGCUACUGGGGUGAAGCAGUGAUGACGGCGAUGUUUCUUCGAAACCGCUGUCCAACACGUGCCAUUCACCAAGACAAGUCUCCAUAUCAAGUGUGGACGAUGAAGAAACCGAUUCUGGCCAACCUUAAAGUGUUUGGAUGCCACGCGUAUGUUCAAGUGCCUCAAGACAAACGCGCGAAGUUCGACUCCAAGUCAUCACUCUGUCGUUUCCUGGGAUACGCCGAACACCAGAAGUCAUAUCGAUUUGAGGGAGUGUCAACAGGAGCGAUCAAGAUCAGUCGCGAUGCCACAUUCAUGGAAGACAAGUUUGAUGAAGGUCCGCGCAACUACAACGAUGAGUCAAGUGUCGUUGAGUUUGAUGAUCAUGAUGAGGACGAAGAAAAAGAAGAAGGUAAAACUGACGACGACAUGGACUCGAGCGACGAUGACAACGAAGACACCAGGUCUUCGAAGAGCAACAUCAAGAGACACACGCGCACUCAAUCACUUGAGAAAGCUACCGUCAUUCCAAGUCCCAAGCGAAGAACAUACAGAGGUCCGUCGCUUGAGCAUGUGUCAGCGGCUGCAAUGGAUUUUGAAGCAGCCUACAUCGUUGAUUCAGUGGGGAAACGCCGACUACAUUCAAGUCGGCGAUGGAAUCAAGCGACUCCGGCAAGUGGAAAGAAGCGUGUGACUCGGAGUUCGAUUCGCUUCAGAGAAACGACACGUGGGAAAUCGUGCCUCUUCCGAAAGGUCGCAAGGCCAUCGGGUGCCGAUGGGUUUUUCGUGUAA